AGAGAACUUUAAAUCUUCCUGUAGAAAAUAAACCCUAGCAUAUUUGCUCUCUCUCUUUCACUAUCGAUUUUUGUUUCGGCAAAUGUGAAAUUUGAAGUUUUUUAUGUGAAUUUUGAUGGAUCGUUACAAGUAUAAAGCUGUAGAUGAAGGUUACUUCACUCAACAAGCCAUUCGAGCUGGCUACAUAGCAUCGCCUGAUCAUAGCCAACACCAACCUGCUGAUAUGCGUGAGGAAAUCAUAAGAGAGAUUGAGAAGGAGCGUAUCAGAGAGAAGAUUAUUGCAGAAGAGAUUGCUCGUAGACGCAUGGUGGAGUCUGAAGUAAGAAGAGAGCUCGUGAUGGAAAGACAACUAGCAAAGCAGAGCGGAGAAGGAUUAUCUCCCUGUUCUUCUUCUUCUUCACUUCCGUUCUUGAAGCAACAGAGUGACGUAACAUCCUCAGAGGAAAGAAUUGCAUCUUCACAGAUGAGAGGGUACACGGAAUUAGAUUUUAAGCCUUGACAUAACGCCAUUUGAGGAGCUUCUGUGAAGGUAACUAAGCGAAGAGCGAUAAGAAGAUGAUAGAGAAGUAGAGACACAAAGGACCUUCCUGUUCUUUAGAUUUUCAAUUUCGUUCUUGUGAUUCCUACGUAUCAUAAUAUUGUAAAACUAUCGCUAUUUCAUGUAAAUAGAAGGACUUAAUUUGCUCUAU